UUAGUGUGAUAUAUUAACCGGUGGUAGUGGAUGUUUUAUAGCAGUCUAUCCCAAACAAUGGCGUAAGGAGACAUGUGAAUGGUGGCCCCUCGAGGAAACCUUCUCCAGUCACACUAACACGUGGAUUAUACCUUAUUCACUACCUUUAGAGAAAAACACAGAACCGACACAAUGCCAAGCUCUAAUCGCGACAUCGUUCAGGAGCUGCAAGAAAUCCUUCGUUUGUGGGAGGAGGACCAGUCUGUUGCAUCCAAGGACCCAACACCCCACCUCAUCAAACUUUGUGAACUAUUUGAAAGAGAAACUUUUAACUUCCUUAAAAAAGACCCAGACCCAUUUGAUGAUCGCCAUCCAGUGACUUCUGAACCAGAAUGUGCUUUGGGACAAAUUCUACGUGCCCUCUUUAAAAAGGAAAAUUUUGUGACAAAAUUAGUUAAUCACUACUUGCGUGAGAAUUACUUUUCUAGCCUGGGCCUGACACAAGACUCUACAGACCUUAACACAGCAGCGUGUCGUCUGCUGAUAGACUUGCUCUAUGGCCUUGAUAUCCCUCAGGUAUUUAACGAAUCCGAGACAACUGUUAUGCGGCUGUUUUCAUGGGCAGAGAAAGGACCAGAACCUCUUCGCACUUAUGCUACCGGCCUUCUUGCGGCAGCUAUGGAUAUACCGGAGAUAGCAGCCUCUUUCAGGGAUUACAACACCCAUCUUGUACCUAUUAUGCUGAAAAGGUUGUGGGAGCUUAAAGAUAAAGGUGGUGGAGGGGAAGAAGACAAAAACAGUAAAUCACAUGUGCCAGAGAGACCGUUCGCACACCUUAACAGUGAGUCCAUCAGUACAGCGCCUCUCACCAACGGAGAAGAAGCCAAACAUGCGAGUGAUGCUCUUGAGUCCACUCCCAAAAAUAUAAAAAAUUCACACUCUUGUGCCACCCCUCCCAAAAACUCCAACACUAGUGCAACAUUCAACAUCUUUGGCUCCCCUAAGCAAGCUCGGGAAUCGUGUGAUCCUCUUCUCAACUCUGACUGCUCUAAUUCAUCUUGGGCAGAAUUAAGCAGCUACAUAGUAGGGACGUACCAGAUGUUUCCUAUGACUCGUGACACCCAGCAAAUAUUUGUCCUUAAAUAUCUCAGACCCAUUGGUGAAUACCAGGAGUCUCUGGGCAAUGUAUAUGAACACAAUGCUCUAGAAUUGAUCUUCCACUACAUGAAUGUCAGAAAAACUGGAAAUGCUCGCCUUUCUUUUGAAGGCUUACGUUUCCUUGGGUCUCUUCUCUUCCACAAGAAAUUUUGCCUGGAGUUUGUCAACAUGGGUGGUGUGCAAAAGCUUUUGCAGGUCCCCCGUCCGUCUCUUCCAGCAGAUGGUGUAGCACUUUGCCUCUGGUAUCUUGCUUAUUGUGAAGAAGCUGUUGAGAGAAUUUGUCUCCUGCCAGAUAAUGUACUUUGUGAAUUAAUUCGCUAUGCCUUAUGGCUUCUUGAAUGCUCACACCAGUCUUCUAGAACUCAUUCAGUCAUGUUCUUUGGAAUGGUCUUCCGUUUUAGAGCAAUUUUAGAAAGAUUCGAUGAACAAGAUGGCCUUCGUAAGGUUUUGAAUAUGGUGUCCACACUCUCCCUAUUCCAAGAUGUUUGGGAACAAGAUAUUCUUGAUGAACCAAAUGAAGUGCUCAUGUGGCAAACAGUGAAGCAAGUGUGUUUGAGUGUCAAACAUUAUUUUGAAUCUCACUUGGCUCUGAAAGUUCAACACCUGCAAAGGCUGACAGUCAGAGAACAUGGUUCAGCACAGCAGCACUCAUCACCAGCUUACAAGGCUGUGAAUGUGACGGUAGAAGUGGUUGAACGUAAUGUAGAAUAUCUAUUGGAACACCUUCCACAUAGAGCGAGAUGGAAGCCCGUAGAACAGCUUGUUUCCCUAAAAGGCGUACAGCUCUUACUACAACUAGUGACAAUGGUGCUCACUGAAUCCUUCAGCCCUAAGACAGAGACUGCAGUAUUUGCACUGGAUACACUGUAUGUGUGCAGUGUUAUGCCCAUCGUUCAGGGUGCUCUGUGUGAUAAGCUCACCACUCCUGCCAGUGAUGAUCUUCUCCAGACACUUGACCCUCAGGAAGUUCCAGGAUAUGCGAUCUUGGUAGCGUGUAUCCAUGAGAAUACGCAGUCCAUGACCACAUCUCCUGAGGUCCAGAAGGCAGCAUUAAAUGUCCUAAUAAAUUGUCUUUGUGCACCUAUCUUUCGAAAUAUCCUGCAGCCGGGAAGCAGUAUUGGUAGACACAGUGCAUCAACAACGCCGGGUAAAAAGAAGACAAGUAAUGGUGAAGACUAUAUCAAUAAGGCUUGGGACUGUGUUAGAACAAGCAAUGGUAUUAUGUACCUGCUGAAUGUCCUCCACAAGAAGAUGCCCAUCACAGAUGCUGACUGCAUCAGAGGACUUGCCUGUAGAGCUCUUGUGGGUCUUUCAAGAAGUUAUGCCGCCCGACAGAUCAUGAGCAAGUUGCCUAUCUUCACCGCUGGACAGUUGCAGUUGUUAAUGAAAGAACCAAUUCUACAAGACAAGCGGAUGGAACAUGUUAAGUUUCAGCGUCAUGCCCUGGAAUUAAUAAAAGCUGUAUCGGGACGCACCAAGCAUGAGGGAGAUGCUUCUACAGACAUAUCAAUGCAGAGUAUACACAGAGCAGACGUUGUGGCUCAGACCAGAAUAAACUAUAAUAAAAAGCAACUGCUACACCUAAUACAGACCCAUUUGGCUCAAGAAGGUUAUGAAGCUGUGGCUCUGGCCCUCCAACAAGCUGCUCACCUCCCACCCUUGCCAGUCUCUGUGCCGUACACAUCUAUGGGACCACCAUCAAGAAACAUGGUCACUCCGCCUCCAUCUGUCAGAGCACAUCGAAUCUUAGCUGGGAGCAGUUCUUGUCAUCUGUUUGGACCAACGCUGUGCAAGGGUUCAUCUCCCGCCAACAAUGCCACUUUAGCUGUAGCGCCGUCUACCCCUUCCCCGCCACCAGUAUCCAGUCCAUCAAAUGUUACCAAUGCAUCUAGUCCUGGAAACUUACACAUUAAACUAAACAGAGCUACCAAGAGAGACAGCAGAGGUACACCUUUGACAAACACCAACAAUAUAUGUCAUUUCAGUAAAAGUGAGAUGCUUCCCAGUACUUGUAAUAACUGUAACCAAGCAAUUGUGGGCAACAUCGGCAAUACUGGUAUGUCAAUGCCUGUAGUGACCAACACAGCACUGCUCAGUGAGCCCACAAUAAGCUUGAACAGAAUUGUUACAGAAUAUCUCAUGAAUCAGCAUGCACUCUGCAAAAACCCAGUUGUUACCUGCCCAACAUUUGACCUUUUCCAACCACACAGAUGUCCGGAGCCUAAGUCACUACGAGCGCCCCCAACUAACUUCACAAUGCGGUACACCAAGAGACCCUACAAUGUUCCCUUUACUGGUCUUGAAGGUUCAUCUAAUAAUAGAAAGUUUAUCUACAGUAGAUACCGACCCAUGCAGACAUAUAGACCGACAGAUGACGAUGAUAUUUUUCUCUGCUGCGAAUUCACACCUGAUGAUCAGUUUAUUAUUGUGGGAACAACACGAGGAGAAGUGAGAUUAUUUAGUAAAGGUGGAAGUGAAGAAGGUGUGUAUACAGUGCACCAGGGAGCUGUGUCCACUCUGGUUCCCCACAGCUCUGGAUCCCUUCUUCUCACCUCAUGUACAGGAGUCCAUGAAACUUCUCUCUGGAGCAUCACUGACCUCUUUGAUGAGAAGUACACCUUACAUGAGUGUCAACAUGCAGACUUCAGUAAUGCCCAAGAUAAGAUCAUAGGUACAAGUGAACAAACAGCAAAACUUUAUGAUCUUAAUACAAGUCAGGUUGUGAGUGAAUUUACACCUAAAUUAUCCAACCACUACACCGUCAACAAGGCUGUCCUGGAUCCCUGUGAUGAUUUAGUCCUUACUGAUGGUGUCAUGUUUGAUGUGCGCUCUGGUAAACAGAUUCACAAAUUCGACAAGAUCAACCCUAUACUUAAUGGCAUCUUCCAUCGCAAUGGCUUAGAAAUCCUCAGCUCCUCCGAGAUCUGGGACUUAAGAACUUUUCACCUCUUAAGAACAGUACCUGUGCUCAAUCUGUGUGAUGUUGUCUUUAACCACACCAACGAUGUCAUUUUUGGCAUCACUGUUGGGAAUCAUCCCGAUGAGGCACAAGAGAAUGCCUUUGAAACUUCAUUUAAGACAGUGGAUGCAGCAGAUUACUCCAGUAUAGCUACAGUUGAUGUUCGUCGAGUUGUCAGUUCCCUCGCUAUCAACAGAAAUGACACACAGGUGGCGGUGGUUGAGACGGAAAAUGGUACUGAUGACUUGACGGACGAUGCCGUUGUAAGAGUGUACGAAAUUGGCAUGACCAGGCAAGACGAUGAUGAACUACCUGAUGAUGAAGAUGAUGAUGAUGAUCUUGGGAAUGAAGAAGACGACUCUGAUAGUGAUGAUGAUCCAGAGCAGAACUCACAGGAUGAUAAUGAUGAGGGAAGCCAAGAAGGGGACGAUGAUGACAAUGAUGAUGAUGACGACGACGAUGCUAACUCAUCCACUACGUCCGAGCUUACUGUUCAGUAUAUUAAUGCUGAGGGUGAAGAUUCAGACUCAUCUGAUGCUGUGUACUUUGAACUGAAUGGUGAUGGAAACCCAUCUGAUCCAUCAAAUGCAUCUCUUAGUGCUUGGCUCCAAGAAAAUGAUGAGGAGGAAGAUGCUGAAGAUGAGGAUUAUGAGCCUUCAGAGUAAUUAUUCUGGCAGUUCACAUUCACAAUUCCAUUUGAGGGUUUAUCAGUCCGACCCAUGUGAGCUGUGUCCUGUAUUUAAUUCAGGAUACUGUUUGAAGAUUCUUCCAUAAAUGCUACAGCCAUGAGACAUCUAUGGGCAGUUUGUGGUAAAGGUUGAACACUGAUGAUUCAAGUAUUGGUUGAUGCAUUUUGUAACAGUUCAAUGUUCUACAUUAAUAUGAAAUGAACUAGAAAGGGGUUUGUGUGUUUAUCUAAGAAAAGAGCUUUAAAGAAAAGACGGAAACUUACAAAUUACCGAGACAUGUAUGUACGGGUUCACCUCGCUAUAUGUGACGGUAAGUGACUACUAGUUUACCAUAGACCUCAUAACAUAAAUAUGGGGUUAUGUUUCUGGGGGACAAUCUUAGUCAGAAUUUUCUCGCAAAUACUAAUUAAAUCUUGAAUUAGAUUAUUAUAAAUAAAUAUUUGGUUAUAAAAUUUAUUUUGAUAACAUUUACCUGAGUUGGUUAAAGAAAUUUGUGUAUUGAGGCAGGUCAGCUGGGGUAGCGAUUGGUGGAUCUAGUGAGACCAAGUUGCAAGCUUGCCUGCCUCUUCAUAUAAGGAUGGAUGUUCAAAAUAUUUUUUCUAAAAGCUGAACAGUUUUUGUUUACAUCUGUUUUUAUCAUUGGUUAUUAACAUGUUAACUGUAUAACUGUGUUCUAUGUUUGGAUCACACUCACUUAAGAUGGUGGGUUGGCUUUGCUCAUUGUAAACAGAUGAAAUUAAGCAAAUGUGGUACCACUGCAUAAACUGAUGCUGUGGAGAGGACAGAGAGCAGUUGUUGAGUGUUAUAAGGCUGCAUUACUGUCACAUAAUUAUCAAUGUUAAUUAUUUUAUUGAUUUAUUUUAAGGUAUUUUUUCUCAAGUUCAUCAACAUGUAAGUGAAACACAGUAUAUUAUUGCAAUGUAUAGCGAGGUAUACCUGUACUUGGGUUUAAAAGGAUUUUUAUUUUUUGUUAAUUGCCGGCCCCUAGUCAAAAAGGAGUUAUUGAUAUAUAAUUUGAGAGAAAACUAAAUAUAAUUAAUAAAAAUAUAUAAAUUUGAUAUCCUGUAAAACCUUGGUUCUUUAUAAGCUCUUAUAAGUAGGCCUUCUUAAAGUACAGUACACAGAUAUAAAUUUUAGUGCUUUAUCUUUA